GGGUGGAGAUGUGUGCAGAGAAAGAAUGCGUGGGUGAGGAGAGGGUCUUCUUUCAGUUUCCCUCCUUUCCAAACACCACCUUGAGACAAGUGUUGUCUUUGGGGUCUGUCUCAGGUUCAGAGGAAUUUGUAGGAAGGGGAGGGGCAGAGAAUGGGGCGAGGCUACACUACUGAGAAAAACAAUUCGGAGCACUUUCAUUUCUGCUGACAUAAAAGAAACAGGAAGGCGGGCUUCAGUAACCGGCUGCCUGGCUGGCUUACAGCACUCAGACUCUGACAGGAUCAUGGCUAUGAUGGAGGGUCAGGGGGGACCCAGCCCGGGGCAGACCUGCGUGCUGAUCCUGAUCUUCACAGUGCUCCUGCAGUCCCUCUGUGUGGCCGUAACUUACCUGUACUUCACCAAUGAGCUGAAGCAGAUGCAGGACAAGUACUCCAAAAGCGGCAUUGCUUGUUUCUUAAAAGAAGAUGGCAGCUCCUGGGACCCCAGUGACGAAGAGAGUAUGAAUAGCCCCUGCUGGGAAGUCAAGUGGCAACUCCGUCAGCUCGUUAGAAAGAUGAUUUUGAGAACCUCUGAAGAAACCAUUUCUACAGUUCAAGAAAAGCAACGAGGUAUUUCUCCCCAAGUGAGAGAAAGAGGUCCUCAGAGAGUAGCAGCUCACAUAACUGGGACCAGAGGAAGUAGCAACACGUUGCCUAUUCCAAACUCCAAGAAUGAAAAGGCUCUGGGCCGCAAAAUAAACUCCUGGGAAUCAUCAAGGAGUGGACAUUCUUUCCUGAGCAACUUGCACUUGAGGAAUGGCGAGCUGGUCAUCCAUGAAAAAGGGCUGUAUUACAUCUAUUGCCAAGUAUACUUUCGAUUUCAGGAGGAAAUCCAAGAAAACAGAAAGAACGACAAACAAAUGGUCCAGUAUAUUUACAAAUACACAAGUUAUCCUGACCCCAUACUGCUGAUGAAGAGUGCUAGAAAUAAUUGUUGGUCUAAAGAUGCAGAAUAUGGACUCUAUUCCAUCUAUCAAGGGGGAAUAUUUGAGCUUAAGGAAAACGACAGAAUUUUUGUUUCUGUAACAAAUGGGCAGUUGAUAGACAUGGACCAUGAAGCCAGUUUUUUCGGGGCCUUUUUAGUUGGCUAACUGACCUGGGAAGAAAAAGCAAUAAUCUCAAAGUGACUUGCAGUUUUCAGGAUGAUAUACCACAAAUAUAUUCCAGCAAAUCUAACCAAAAAAACAAACAGCAAAAAAAACCUCUACGCAAUCUGAGUAGAGCAGCAACAACCAACAACACUCUAUAACACACACUGUUCUGAAAGUGACUUACUUAUCCCAAGAAAACGAAAUUGCCAAAAGGUCUUUCACAGUUCUACCUCAUAUCAGCUUGCUAGCAAAAAUCUAAAAGACUCAGCUUCCAAACAUGAAUGCAAUGGUUAACAUUUUUUGUCUUUAUAAUCUACUCUUUGCAAAGAUUGCAGAAGAAAGAGCAAAAUCCAUGUUUUCUUUUUUUUUCUUUGUUUUUUUUUUUUUUUUUGAGAUGGAGUCUUGCUCUUUCACCAGGAUGGAGUGCAAUGGUGUGAUCUCGGCUCACUGCAACUUCCACCUCCUGAGUUCAAGCGAUUCUCCUGUCUCAGCCUCCCAAGAAGCUGGGAUGACAGGUGCGUGCCAUCAGGCCCAGCUAAUUUUUGCAUUUUUAAUAGACACGGGGUUUCACCAUGUUGGCCAGGCUGGUCUCCAUCUCUUGACCUCAUGACCCACCCGACUGAGUCUUCUAAAGUGCUGGGGUUACAGUGUGAGCCACCGCGCCUGGCCAACGAGCCAUGUCUUAAAUAGUGUAUCACAGUAGUAGCCUCCAGGUUUCCUUAAAGGACAACAUUCCUCAGUCAAAAGAGAAAGCGUCACCGCUAAAAGAUCACGGUCUUGGAGGCCGUCCACCAUCAAGUUAUGCAGUAUGAAUCGAGAGUCUAUUAUGCAAGAUUUUGCAGGGUUAUCUCUUGGGGAUUUGGUGAAAAUAAGAAAAUUCUACUCAAACUACUAACACUGUGUUUAAAAAAGUAAUUAAAUGAUGUUCAGUGGACAGGGAACUUGUUUUGAAUGGUUUGUGAUUUUUCACUACCAAAAGUCAGGCUGGUCAAAGGCACUGAUGAUAUUUUUUGAUAAAGGACUCUACAGUGAACAGUCGACUGAUAAAUCAGAGAAUCUGGUUUCAUGUGAACAGCAGCAGAAGAAAUGGCAAAGUGAAAAUGACAAACACAGGCAAAGCAGUAGAAAAGAGCCGGCUAACCAUCCCUUACCACACCUCCGUGCGGUCGCGUCAGUACCUGCUAUGCUGUAUAUCUGCACGUCUGCUUCAAGUUGCAUCAUUUAUUUUGACCCCGCAUGAAGAAUGUUAGUUACUUUCAUCUUCCAGAAUCAUGACGGAAAACAUUUCAUUUCACCAUUUAAACUAACCGGCUGGAGAAAAGGAAUUCAUUGCGGCCUUUGUCUCAUCUCCUCCCACUGCCGUUCCUAAACACACGGUAGUUUGUCUUCUCUGGUUAUAUGCUCAAACGUUCAUUUAAAUGUGUUCAGAUCAAAUAGAUUAUUUUUCAAAAAGUCUGAUUGUCUGAUUUAAAUUUACAACAUACUACAGACACCUGACACUUCUAACCCCACUUACUUUAUUCCAUAACACCAGUCAAGUUCUUACAUACCAACAAAUGGACUUGUUUUUCUGCUUUUGAAAGUCUCCUCUCACUAGGAUGUAGUCAUCCCCUGGUAUCUGCAAGGAAUUGGAUCUAGAAUCCCUGCCCAAUACCAAGAUCCAUGUAGUCUCAAGUCUUUUAUAUAAAAUGUUUUUGCAUAUAACCUAUGCACAUCUCCCCAUACACUUUAAAUAAUCUCUAGAUUAUGUAUAAUACCUAAUACGAUGUAACCGCAUUGUAAAAAUUGUUAUUUUGUAUUUGUAUUUUUAUAGUUGCAUUUACCUUUUAAUUAAUUUUUUCCCUCGCGGUUUUGAUCCAUAGUUGAAUCUUUGGUUGUGAAAUCUAAGGAUAGGGAGGGCUGACUGUGUAAGCCUUCAUAUCAGGGAACAUUGAAUCUUGUUUACAACUCUGUCUCCAGUACUUAGAACAUUCAUUGGAGCAUCUGGCUUCCACAAAACAUACUUGUUAAUAUAUUUUGUGCCCACACAAAAUAUAUUUGUGAAUAAAUGAACACCUAUCCAUACAGAAAAAUGAAGUAUUCUCUAUAUUCUUCCCUAUACCAAAAUAAUGUUGAAGAAUUUUAAAAGUUCACACUGCCGAUCUUUUUAACCAAGAUUUAACUCAAAUAAAAUAACUAUUUUUGAUAACAAUGCGAAAAUUAAAAAAAUAAUUUUUUAACUAAAAAAUUGUAUAUGUAUGUUUUUUCAAUAAAAUUCUAUAUUACAGUAUGUCUUCUAUACUGUAGUGCUCA